AUAUAUACCAGUGCCACGGGUACUAUACUGGCACUGGUAUGGCUGGCCGUGUGGAAAAUACUACGCCAACCCCUACUAUCCCUAUUGCUCACCGGCCUGAGUCUGGGAUUCCUACUGAUGGCAACCCUACUAUUCACUACUAUUGGAAAUCUGGAGUUAUUUCAAAAUGACAUUAAUUACUGGCUUAUUAUGAGUUGUGCGGCUAUACUGGUCACCCUAUUUUUCCCAAUGGUAAACCCCGUAGCGUUGAGUAUCGUCUCGUCAUCGAUAGUGGGCUCAUAUGUGGCAGUUAUAGCGGUCGACCAUUACAUAUACGGCUCCCUGUCCUACAUCAUCAUAAAUGUUAUUAAAAGAGCUGACUAUAGUCUCAGUGCCUAUAAUACCGUUCCCUUUCAAAACAAAGACAUAAUAAUGGCAGUCAUUUGGCUACUACUGUCCCUCACGGGAAUAGUACUGCAAAUGCAUUACUCAACCACUGGUGGGCAGAGUAGGGGUCCGUUCCCAUCGGACACAUACUGUCACUCACACCGACAUCAGGAAUCGCUGGAACGGUAUUACCGCCAGCGCUCUCAAUACGAGCCCUACGACAGUACGGAAAGUCAAUCAGGAGGUAGACGUAGGAGAUCUCGGCGAUCCAGACGCUGGGAACCGGUACCCGACCCA